AAGCCGUGCUUGCACCAGAGCCGUCUCUGCCAGUGCCGCUCCUGCUGCCCGCCAUGGCAGGCGGCUUCUUCAUCAGCAAGACCGUGGGCAUCGUGGCCAUCGUGCUGGGCCUGGGGGCUGUGGCCACCAUCAUUGCACUCUCGGUGGUGUACGCCCAGGAAAAGAACAAGGGGACAUCAGAUGUGGGCAGCAACACCACGGCCAGCCCCGACACCAGCACCACCACCCCUGCCCCCAACAACCCCUGGAACCGGUGGAGGUUGCCGACCACGCUGAAGCCGGAGUUCUACGAGGUGUCCCUGCAGCCCUUCCUGAAGCCCGAUGCCAACAACAUGUACAUCUUCAAGGGCAACAGCAGCGUGGUCUUCUUGUGUGAGGAAGCGACCAACCUCAUCCUCAUCCACAGCAAGAAACUGAGCUACACCAUGCAGGGCUCCUUCCAUGCCACCUUGAAGGCAGAGGGUGGUGGCAGUGCCCCUGCCAUCUCCAGCACCUGGCUGGAGAAUACCACCCAGUACCUGGUGGUGCAGCUGGAGGCUCCCCUGCAGCAGGGCCAGCGGUACCGGCUGUCCAGCAACUUCACCGGGGAGCUGGCCGAUGACCUGGCUGGCUUCUAUCGCAGCGAAUACACAGACGAGUCAGGCAUCAAGCAGGUGGUGGCCACCACGCAGAUGCAGGCGGCUGAUGCACGCAAAGCUUUCCCCUGCUUCGACGAGCCAGCCAUGAAAGCCAACUUCUCAGUGACGCUGAUCCACCCCUCUGGCUACAAGGCCAUUUCCAACAUGCCUGCCAAAAACACCAGCGAGCUGGAGAUUGAUGGAGAAAUCUGGAAUGUCACUGAGUUUUACACCACUCCCCGGAUGUCCACGUACCUUCUGGCAUUCAUCGUCAGCCAGUUCACCUCCGUGGACAACAGCUCGGAGGGAACACUGAUUCGCAUCUGGGGCCGCCCCAAAGCCAUCGAUGAGGGCCAGGGUGACUACGCACUCAAGGUCACUGGCCCCAUCCUCAGCUUCUUUGAGAAGCAUUACAACACGGCCUACCCGCUCCCGAAGUCCGACCAGGUUGGCCUCCCCGAUUUCAAUGCGGGCGCGAUGGAGAACUGGGGGCUGGUGACCUACCGGGAGAACUCGCUGCUCUUUGACGCUAACUACUCCUCCAUCGGCAACAAGGAGCGGGUGGUGACCGUCAUCGCCCACGAGCUGGCACACCAGUGGUUUGGGAAUUUGGUGACGCUGCGGUGGUGGAACGACCUGUGGCUGAACGAGGGCUUCGCCUCGUACGUGGAGUACCUGGGUGCUGACUCUGCUGAGCCCGACUGGAACAUUAAAGACCUGAUGGUGCUGAACGAGCUGCAUACGGUGAUGGCCACAGACGCCCUGGCCAGCUCCCACCCGCUCUCCUUCCGCGAGGACGAGAUCAACACCUCAGCCCAGAUCAGUGAAGUCUUCGACACCAUCGCCUACAGCAAGGGAGCAUCGGUGCUGCGGAUGCUCUCGAGCUUCCUUAGUGAGGACAUCUUCAAGGAGGGGCUGCAGUCCUACCUCCACACCUUCUCCUACAGCAACACCAUCUACACUGACCUCUGGGUCCAUCUGCAACAGGCGGUGGACAAGAACGGAGUCCAGCUGCCUGACACUAUCAGCAACAUCAUGGACCGCUGGACGCUGCAGAUGGGCUUCCCUGUGGUGACUGUUGACACCCGCAGCGGCACCGUCAGCCAGACCCAUUUCCUGCUGGACCCCACAUCUCCUGUGGACAGACCCUCUGUUUUCAACUACACCUGGAUUGUCCCCAUCACCUGGAUGACAGGCAGUGGCCGGGGGAACAGCACCUACUGGCUGACCCAAGUCACAGCCACCAACAGCAACUUCAGCCUCAACACCCCCGACUGGCUCCUGCUGAACCUCAAUGUCACUGGGUACUUCCGUGUCAAUUACAACCAGGAGAACUGGGAUCAGCUCCUCAAGCAGCUUGACACUAACCACACGGUCUUCCCUCUGAUCAACCGUGCCCAGAUCAUUGACGAUGCCUUUAACCUGGCCAGGGCCAAGUACAUCAAUGUGACCUUGGCUCUGGACACGACACGGUUCCUGAGCCAGGAGACAGAAUACAUGCCCUGGCAGGCAGCACUCACCAACCUCAAGUACUUCCAGCAGAUGUUUGACCGCAGCGAGGUCUUUGGGGCCAUGUCGAAAUACAUAAACAAGCAGGUGACCCCUCUCUUCGAGCACUACCAGAAGCUCACCAAUAACUGGACGAAUAUCCUCAGUGACUACCCACUGAUGGUGCAGUACAACGAGGCCAAUGCCAUCAGCACCGCUUGCUCCUUCGGUGUCACCGCUUGCCAGAAUUUGGCCAUCGACUACUUGCGCCAGUGGCAGAAUAGCACCACCAACCCGGUCCCCCCGAACCUGCGCUCAGCCAUCUACUGCAGCAUGGUGGCCACGGGCGGGGAGGAUGCCUGGGAUUUCCUCUGGCAGAAGUUCACGGAGGCCCACGUGGUGUCUGAGGCUGACAAGCUCCGCACGGCCCUCUCCUGCAGCCCGCACCCCUGGAUCCUCAACCGGUACCUGCAGUACACGCUCGACCCUGCAAAGAUCCGGAAGCAGGAUGCCACCUCCACCAUCAACAGCAUUGCCAGCAACGUCGUGGGGCAGCCCCUGGCCUGGGACUUCAUCCGAGGCAACUGGAGGACGCUCUUCACCCAGUACGGGGGCGGCUCCUUCUCCUUCUCCCGCCUGAUUUUAUCUGUGACCCAGCGCUUCUCCUCAGAGUUUGAGCUGCAACAGCUGGAGCAGUUCAAGAAGGACAACGAGGACAUCGGGUUUGGGUCGGGGACGCGGGCACUGGAGCAGGCGCUGGAGCAGACCCGCGCUAACAUCAAGUGGGUGGAGGAGAACCGGGCCACGGUGCUGGCCUGGUUUGAGAAUGAGACCAAGAGCGGAUAACAGGCGCCUCCUGCGCUUCCCCGGCCACCGGCACGGACCCGCGGCCGCGGCAGAGUGCCUGCACCCCCGCCCUGCCAGGGAGGGGCUGACGCCUGCAUGAAGGGCACUGGGGACCCGGGGGCUUGGCAGGGGGAGGUCGGGCUGGUGCGCUCGGGGGUGUAAAUAAACGCCUGGUUUCCAGGGCCA